AUGGCAACCGUUUCCAAUGAUCGAAUUCCCACCAAUCUCCCGAUUCUUGAUUCGAAGAACUAUGAUAAAUGGGCAAAACAAAUGAGGGUUUUGUUUGGGGCAGAGGCUACCGACAUUCAAAGAGCUACACACAAAGAAGAGAAGAAGAAGGAUUACAAAGCCCUAUUCUUGAUUCAUUCGUGUGUUGAUAACGACAAUUUCGAGAAGGUUGGUGAUUGUGAAUCGGCAAAGCAAGCAUGGGAAAUCUUGGAGAAAGCAUAUGACGGUGCCGUCAAAGCGAAGGUUAUAAGGUUACAAACUUACAAGCGACAAUUCGAGUUAACACAAAUGGAAGACAAAGAAACGAUCAACGACUACAUUACACGCAUUACCCGGUUAAUUAAUCAAAUCAAAUCUUAUGGGGAAACGAUUCUUGAGCAGAAUGUUGUAUCGAAAGUAUUGCGUUCGUUAACGCCGCGUUUCGACAACAUAGUUGUGGCUAUUGAAGAAUCAAAGGAUCUAACAACUUUGAGCAAGGAUGAAUUGCAAAGUUCGUUAGAGGCACAUGAACAAAGGAUGGAUGAGAGAGGCGCCGACAAAGCCAAAGCGGAGAUUGCUUUGCAAUAUUCGACGAGUGAAAAGGGUGAAAGUAGCUCCAAGGAUAGUGGUCAUAGCAAUGGUUUCAAGAAGCGUGAUGUGAGCAAGGUGCAAUGCUAUAAGUGCAGAAAGUUUGGACACUUUGCAAAUUCGUGUCGUGGAAAAUCGAAUGAGAAUCACAAUAAUGAAGCCAAGGUUGCUAGGGAAGAGGUAGAUGAUGAGGACACACUUAUAGUAAUGAUCACGGAGGGGAGUUAUGGCAUUACGGAUGUUCCGGGCAGCAGCUACAGUAGUAACAGUUUGCAGGACAGCAGCUGUACCGUUCCGGAAAAUAGCGAGAAAAUGCAUUCGAAUCAAAAUGCAUUGGUUACCGUUCGUGAUGGAGUCUAA